AGUAGUUUACAAUUCCACACUUACAGACUGGAUCUGGAUAUGGUUCAUGUGCUCUAAGUUUUGUUGAAUCUUUUUAACGCACUUCGUUUUUUAUGUUUUAAUGGCAGGGACUUGAUGAUGACAUAAACAGAUGGCAGACAUCAUAAAUCCGGAGAAUGAAGGAGAUCUUCAGGCUCAAAUUGAAGAGGUCGAGGCUCUGUCUUCCAUCUACGGGGAUGAAUGGUGUGUUAUAGAUGAAGCAUCCAGAAUAUUUUGCAUCAAAAUAUCCAACGAGUUGGAGAGAUUGACGGCAUGUUUGCAGAUAAUUCUCCCACCUGAUUAUCCAAGCGCAGCCCCCCCCAUCUACCAGAUCAAUGCUGCGUGGUUGCGAGGCCCAGAGAGGGCCAAAUUGGCAAACAGCCUGGAAGACCUCUAUGUGGUGCAUGCGGGGGAGAGCAUCCUCUACCUGUGGGUGGAAAAAAUUCGAGAAUUCCUCGUGGAGAAAUCCCAGAGUUCAGAAACAGCGGAUCCACCAGAAAGGGUGAACCUGACAGCCGAGGAGGAAGUGGAUGAUGAUGAAGAGAUACCAGACUUCAGGACUCUGAAACUGAACACAGAAAAUGCACAUCUCUUCAUGGAUCAUGCAAUCGAUGAAGAGGUACCUCCUAUAAAACAUGGAAAUACCAUCACAGAGCGACGCAGUACCUUCCAGCCUCACUUAGCACCUGUGGUGACUCCUAGACAGGUUAAAUUGGUCCUGGAGAAGCUGUAUGAAAACAAGAAGAUUGCUAGUGCCACUCAUAAUAUUUAUGCGUACAGGAUUUACUGCGAGGACAAGCACAGCUUCCUGCAGGACUGUGAAGACGACGGCGAGACAGCUGCAGGGGGGAGAUUGCUUCAUUUACUGCAG